AUGAAGAGCCGGCUUUGCUUCAGCUUGCUCUGGUUUGCUCACGGUGUGCGCAGUAGCACAAUAUCGCCUGAAGACGCGCAGAAAAGUGUCGGUGCUACUCUCACGCACGCAGCACGAAAUCCGCAUUGGCCAGUACAGCACAACGAGACGCUUGAAUGUUUUCAGGUUACCCAUCCUGUUGAAACGCAUCUGGGCCUCGCCAUAGGAGACCAGGUUGUGCGAGGGCCAGGUCAGGGCGGUGUUCGCCCUUUCUGCACUCAACAAUUGGUCAAGCACACGUUUGGCAACAGCUAUGGCCAUCCCUUCGUCAGGAAGUUCAUGCCGCCCGCAUGUGACUUCAACAAGGCUUUUAUUAAUGUCACAAUCAAAUCUCAAGGCCACCAAUUUGAUCGCCUCGCGACCCUGUGGCUUGGAGACAUUGAGAUCUGGAGGACCUCGACCGCAGAGCCAACAUCGCAGCCUGGCAUAGCCUGGCAUUUUCUCAAAGACAUGACGCCAUUUGACUCCCUCUGGAGGGAACCUCAGACCGUCAUCUUUGACCUAGGAAAUCUGGUCAACGAUCUUUACACGGGUCUUUACGACGUGACUAUCGACGUGACAUUUUUCGAGGCAGUUGUCGACCACAUGCGGCGCGAACAUCGUCCAGCUGACCAUAUCUUACCCCUGUCAGCCAAAAGAAGUAAGCAAGGCCAGGCCAGUACCUUCGUAUUCCCUGAGACAAGUGCUGCGGCGGUGGUCAAGCUUCCCCCAAAGAUUGGCCGGGCGAUUCUCACCGUGGCCGCCACUGGCCAAGCUGAGGAAGAAUUUUGGUGGUCAAACGUGCCCGAGCGCGCCGCGGAUUCCUUUCCAUCCUCCAAGGCCGCCAGAUUGCCCGCGAUGGGAAGCAUGAGAGAGGUUCGCAUAUACAUUGACGGCCAAGUGGCCGGCCUAGCGUGGCCAUUCCCCGUGGUCUUCACUGGAGGCAUAGCACCCCCUUUGCAUCGGCCGAUGGUGGGGCUCCAAGUUUUUGAUAUGAGGGAGUAUGAAGUGGACGUCACGCCAUGGUUGGGUUACCUAUCUGAUGGCGACGAACACACCAUCUCGCUUGAGGUGUUUGGAGUCAACAAUAGCCACAAAGCGAAUCCGGUUUUCGCCCAUGUGGGAUCCAACUGGGUCCUAUCCGGCAAGAUCUUUGCGUGGCUAGGCAACGCCGAACUCAAGCCAACGCAAGCGCCCAAGGUGGAAAUAUCAGAGAUAGACUGGAUCUCCGAGAUAGAUGUACUGGAUUCCACUGCGAUAGACUACAGACAGUCGGCUGGACGACACAUCAAUGUUCAGGGUGUGGUUGCAUCAGUCCACGAUGAGCCUCGUACCGCCAACUGGACGCAGACGUUCAGCAUGGUCAACGACGGCAAAAUGCGCAACACUGCCUACUGGCAUCACGUCAACUCCAACUACACUGGCACUAGUGUAGCAUACCACGGCUCGACCCCAAGACUAGCAUCCCGCUUCGCCUAUCCUAUAAGUACCACAUACGAAUACAAAGCGCCUCAGGGGCCGAACACGCUAGAAUUGGAAGCCUCUCUGGAGCAGGGUAUGGACCUUCGCGUUACAAUGGACUCACCCUUUGCCACUGGAAUGGAGGCCUUCCUGGACAAGCGACGCUCCUCGUCUGGUGCGGCGCUUAAAGCUACACGAAUCGGUCACGCCUUAUUCACACAAGGCCCAGAUGGUAGCCAUGGAUCAGGAACCACGAACCAGAGGUACGAGCUAUCUGCAAUGGAUCAGCCCACCGGUGACGACAUCACCGGCAGGCCAGCAGCUGCCUUGUACCGACGCACCGUGUCCGUUGUGAAUGAGACCAUUACCCAUGACCAGCAGCGGGUCGCGGAUUCAAAACGCAAAGUGCCGACACCAGCGAGAGGACAUCUGCACAGCACCACCGUAACCCAACUUUCGGCGGAGUUUGCGCCGUUCCCGCUCAUGCGUUUCGGAGGGACAAAUGUCUUCCACAGAGGCAACGGCGAAGGACCGGCGAGCCGUAUUGCGGAAGGAUUCAUUGACCAAUCGUCGGAUUCCAGGUGGAAAAGCCUCCUCCAUCAUGCGAACAGGCUGCUGUGGGACUAG